UUCCUUCCCUUCAACCCCGGCUGUCAGUGCUGUGUGCGUGCGUGUGUGCUCUGAGCUCGCUCAUCACACAUUCUAUAAAAAAAUAAAAAUACAAAAAAAAUUUCAAAACAUAAAAAAUAUAAAAAAUCUUUUUCUUUCUUUCUUUUUGUAACAAGUCAGUGAAGAGGGAGUAAAGACGGUCGAGGACUGACGGUAACGUACCCCAACGUGUCGGAUUUUUUUCAGUCGUUAGCUUUCUCCCCCUCUUUUUCGUUUGUCAAAUUUUAAAGGGUCUUUUAACUCGAACUGAAGUCAACGUUGUGUCGUUUUAAAACACUUGAAUUAGACGUUUUGACUCCCAACUGACAAGUCAACGGUUGUAUAACGUUUACAAUUCGGCAUCAAAGGUCCUACCGACGAUACCGACCGUUAGCAACUUUUUCCCCCCGUCUUCUUUCCCGUUAACAAACUCAAGCGUAGUCCGUUUAUAACCGCUAGUCUCGAGGAGGAGAGAAAUAAGGAUGAACCCCAGCGCUCCCAGUUAUCCCAUGGCCUCCCUGUAUGUCGGGGACCUGCAUCCAGAUGUGACCGAGGCCAUGCUGUAUGAGAAAUUCAGCCCAGCCGGAGCCAUCCUCUCGAUUCGGGUCUGUAGGGACAUGAUCACCCGGCGUUCCCUCGGAUACGCCUAUGUCAACUUCCAACAGCCGGCGGACGCUGAGCGCGCUCUGGACACCAUGAACUUCGACGUGAUCAAAGGGCGGCCCGUACGCAUCAUGUGGUCGCAGCGUGAUCCGUCUCUGAGAAAAAGUGGCGUGGGAAACAUCUUCAUCAAGAAUCUUGACAAGUCGAUUGACAACAAGGCUCUUUAUGACACCUUCUCUGCUUUCGGGAACAUCCUGUCCUGCAAGGUGGUUUGUGAUGAGAAUGGCUCUAAAGGCUACGGCUUUGUGCAUUUUGAGACUCAGGAAGCUGCUGAACGAGCCAUUGAAAAAAUGAACGGCAUGCUGCUCAAUGACAGAAAAGUGUUCGUUGGCCGUUUCAAAUCUCGUAAGGAGCGCGAGGCUGAGUUGGGCGCCCGGGCAAAAGAGUUUACUAAUGUUUACAUUAAAAACUUUGGUGACGAUAUGGACGAUGAGAAAUUGAGAGAGCUCUUCAGUAAAUACGGAAAUGCGCUGAGUACCCGGGUCAUGACAGAUGACAGCGGAAAGUCCAGAGGCUUCGGCUUCGUCAGCUUUGAAAGACACGAAGACGCGCAGAAGGCAGUGGAUGAAAUGAACGGAAAGGACUUGAACGGGAAGCCCAUCUACGUCGGGCGUGCUCAGAAGAAGGUGGAACGACAGACGGAGCUGAAGCGCAAAUUUGAGCAGAUGAAACAAGACCGUAUGACUCGCUACCAGGGUGUCAACUUGUAUGUGAAGAACCUUGAUGAUGGGAUUGAUGAUGAGCGCCUGCGGAAGGAGUUCUCCCCAUUUGGCACCAUAACCAGUGCCAAGGUCAUGAUGGAAGGCGGCCGCAGCAAAGGCUUCGGUUUUGUCUGCUUCUCGUCCCCGGAGGAGGCGACCAAAGCCGUGACGGAGAUGAACGGGCGCAUCGUGGCCACUAAGCCGCUGUACGUGGCUCUGGCUCAGAGGAAAGAGGAGCGCCAAGCCCACCUGACCAACCAGUACAUGCAGCGCAUGGCCAGCGUCCGCGCCGUGCCAAAUCCCGUCAUCAACCCCUACCAGCCGGCCCCGCCCUCCGGCUACUUCAUGGCUGCCAUACCUCAGGCCCAGAACCGCGCCGCCUACUACCCAGCUGCGGGCCAGAUGGCUCAGCUGCGGCCGAGCCCACGCUGGACGACCCAGGGGGUCCGACCUCAACACUUUCAGAACAUGACCGGUGCCAUGCGUGUGUCAGCGCCACGUCCUCAGACCUUCAGCACCAUGCGGCCCACAAAUCAGGUCCCUCGCAUGAUGUCCACCCAGCGUGUCGCCGCUCAGACCGUGGCUCCCCGACCGCCUGCCGCAGCCACGGCAACAAAUGCUCCAGUGCGCGGAGUUCCUCAGUACAAGUACGCCGCUGGGGUCCGCAACCCUCAGCAGCACAUCACCUCCCAGCCACAGGUCAAUUUGCAGCAGCCUGCGGUCCAUGUUCAGGGACAGGAGCCUCUGACCGCCUCCAUGCUGGCCGCCGCUCCGCCGCAGGAACAGAAGCAGAUGCUGGGUGAGCGUCUGUUCCCACUGAUCCAGAACAUGCAUCCCAGCCUGGCAGGCAAGAUUACUGGCAUGCUGCUGGAGAUUGACAACUCAGAGCUGCUUCACAUGUUGGAGUCCCCAGAGUCUCUCCGCUCCAAGGUGGAUGAGGCUGUGGCUGUGCUGCAGGCCCACCAGGCCAAGGAGGCGGCUCAGAAGACUGUGACUAACUCAGCUGUUGUCCCAAGUGUUUGAGCCCAAGGAGAGGGCAACCUUGAGACGAGCUUCACGCACAGAAGAAGGGUUUAAAGAAAAAUGUUUAAAAAAUAAGCAAAACAAAGUAAAAUAUGUUAAAUACAAAGUUAAAAAAAAGCAAACGAUGGAAACAAGUCUCCAGCCAGUCCUGUAACACAAGGUCUGCUUUUCCGAGCUAAAAAAAAAAAGAAAAAAAAGAGGAAAAAAAACCUAAAAACAAAAAAUAAUCAGUUUGAGACAUUUUAGAGGAGAAAUAUACGAGAAAUGUAAAUGGGAGCAUUCCUUUCUGCUAUUUUAUCCCUUUUAAAUGUUUGAACGUUUGAGCUUCCGAAGCCUGUUAUUGUGAAAGUUUCCUUUACUUUUUGCUUGCUUGAAUAAAAGUUCUAAAGUAA